GUCGAUUGCCAAUUGAACGCGUUGCAACUUUAUUCCGGCAUUCAUCAUCUUUUCUUCGUUGACAAUGUUUGGAUGUUUCAAAAGGAGCGUCUUUUCGCAUGCAUUCAGGCCGGAGCGAAACGUGAUAUUACCAACACGUCGUUUUGCCAGUACUACUCAGUCUUCAGCGCACUCCAUCGACUCGGACCAGACAGAGCGAGCAAAGCCCAAACCCAAAGCAACGACGCCUCUUCGACGUUCUGCAUCAGCUUCUCUCCCCAUUCGUGCUAAUCCGACGCCAACUCGAAGCGACAUCCAAACUGUUUUUACGCUGGCCACCGCUGAGCGCUACCUCCUGCCCAGGUUUCGUGCACAUCAUAACCUCACUCCCAAUGCUCGUCCUUUUCAUGAAUCCUGGUGGUUCCCUCGUUGGGGUCCCAAAGAUAGAGAGGGCGAGGUCUUUGUGUUUGCUAACGGUAGCUUCGUCUGUUGGGGGCUUGGCGAGCAGGAUGCUCGCAUGUUCGCAUCGGAAGUACUGCAUCGUGUGCGCGGCAUCGAGGUUUCACCAUUGAAGGAGGCAGAAACGGAGGAGCUGGAGUUCGUGACUGAUCCGACUGAGACGACCCGGCUACAGGGUGACUUGAUCAUACUUGGCCAAACUUCUACUCCUCCUACAUCCUCCGACCUUCCGUCGAUGGUUUUCCCAAGCGAAAGCGUUCUUAGUCGCUACGCUUUUUCACAAGCAUUGUCCCGUUCGACUGCACUUUCUGCUUUGGAGGUGUCACUAGACGAGUACCUCUCAUCAAUGUCCCUGCUUCCUCAGUCUCUUGAGAAAACUGGGAAGCCAGGGCUGGGGAGGGAGGCAUUGAUCAAAAAAUUGGGCCAGCUCAUGAAAUUCAGACAAGGUCUGAACCUAAACCGAGAAAAUUUCAGUGAUGUACCGGACUUUUACUGGACGGAGCCUGAGCUUGAACGCCAUUUCAACUCGUUGACUGACGCGCUUGAGGUCAAGCAAAGAACAGAUUCCGUGAAUGACAAGAUCACGUAUGCGGCAGAGCUCCAAUCUGUAUUGCGACAGCUACUGACUGAGUCUUCCUCGCAUAUGCUCGAGCUGGUAAUUAUUGCGCUCAUUGCCGUGGAAGUUGUCAUAGCCCUCAUUCGCGAUGGUCCCGAGCUCUGGCAUAUGAUCAAAGGGAAGGGAGGCGGCGAGAAGAAAGGCGCUGGAGAGACAGAUAUUUAGAUAGAGGCAUGAUAGAUUAGUUUUGGAUGUAGGUUUAAGGACUCUCAAGGGUAAAGUCGGAACUAAAGCUGCUACUCUUGGGAUUGAUUGCUUGGACGCAUUUAUUCUUUC